AUGGAAGCAUACAAAAGAUUUGUGAUAUUGGCGCUGGUCCUGGUUGUAGCGGUGGUGGCAAAUGGGCAGGGCAGCAUAUGCCGCAUGACCCAAGAUGGGUUGACAGCCUGCAAGCCAUCCGUGAGUGGGCAGAGCCCACUCCCUCCUUCGCCCGCUUGCUGUGCGGCCAUUUCCAAGGCAGACUUGCCAUGUCUCUGCUCCUUCAAGAACUCCGCACUCUUGCCCUACCUGGGAAUAGACCCGAACAUGGCCACGCAGCUCCCGGCCAAGUGCAAUAUCGUCACCUCAACCCACUGCUGA